UUGAUUGUUGAUUGGAUCAGGAUGGUCAGGAAAGGAGCCUCUGCGCAGCGAUCAUCCAAACGCGGCUCUCAAGCCUCGGGUCGCGUGUCUCUGGAUCCGGCUGCUCCAGAACCCCCUCCGCUCCACACCGACCCGUCGGAUCCGGACGACCAGGUUUACCUGCACGCGGCGGCCAUCUUCCAGAACACACACCUGGAGAGGCCGGCGGCUCAGAGGCUCGUCAGCUUCGGGAACAGGUCAGAGGUCAGCGUGCCUGAGGUCCGGGGCGAGGCGUCUCAGCGGUUAGCGUUCCAGCUCGCGUUCAACGCGCUCAAAUAUCAGGAGCUUUUGGAGGACGUCUUGAUUGACAGCGGCUUCUUUGCCUCACAGCCAAUGCCUGAUGGUGGCAUGAGUCUGGUGGCCGUUUUGCUCACUGACUUACUGGACAGGAAGUUCCUCCCACGCUUGCAACCGGCCAAUCAGGAGCAAGAAGAGGAGGCUGUCAGAGAGGUGGAGGCGUGUCUUCUCAGGUUCAGGACUAAACUCGUGGCGUCUUUGGCUCGGUGUCGGAUCAAACACGACCUGCUGACGCUGGAGAACAUCUUACCGGAGAAGAUCCGGCACAGACAGGAGAGAGCGAGAGAGCUGCCGCUGUACGCCUGGAUCAACACACUCCGCAGCAGUUUUGAGGAGGUCAGGGAAGUGUUACGCACAUCAGGGUUCUUGUGUGUUAAAUCUGUGGCACAGCUGGAAGGCCGGAGCUACUGUACAGACACACACUGUCAGGAUCUGCUGGUGUUUCCCAACGGCAUGAAGAGGGAACUGACCAACACCGGAUUACUGAGCGACUGCAGGCUCGUGCUUCAGGAUAAGUCGUGUUGUGUGUGA